AUGGAGGUAGCUACCACUAUUUGUUUUACAUUUCUUGGUGAAAUUAUCACUGUGUCUAAUUCAUCAUCGUCGUCUGAUUCAUCUGUAUUCUCGAUAUACGAAAUAACGGCAUUGGUACUCGAAGAGAUAAACUUCUAA